UUUCUUGUGCGCGUGGCGGAGCAACCACCGUGCGUCUUUACGCUCAGAGACCACUUAUCCCACCCGCUUCUCCCUUUCUGCUCUGUCCCACAGCCUCACCCUGCGAAGCCGCAGCGGCCACUCCUCCUCUGACACUUGGCUGACACACACACACACAGACCCCGCGCACACACUCCUGGUUGGACCAUCUGAGUAUUCAUCAUGAAGGAGAUCCGGACAGAGUAACUCCCCGCAGUCCACAGCAGCGACCCACAACCAGACUGCGGAUGGACCGAGCGCCCUUGGCACUGGCUGCUAAGAUGCGCUGGAUCACGCUGGUGCUUGCGGGCUUGAGUUUCUGGAGCACAGUAACUGUUUCAAACAGUUUCGACUACGAGGAGCCAGAGUUUGAUUAUUAUGAAGAGGACAGAGGGGAGACAAUUGAAUACAAGGAUCCGUGUAAAGCGGGCAGGUUUUGUGGAGACAAAAUUCCUGGCGUUUUGAUUUCAGCUGAUAGUAGAAUGUGGAUCGAGUUUCGCAGCAGCAGUAACUGGGUUGGAAAAGGUUUUGCUGCAGUUUAUGAAGCGAUCUGCGGAGGAGACAUCACCAAGGACUCAGGGCAGAUUCAGUCUCCUAACUAUCCUGAUGACUACAGGCCCUCCAAAGAGUGUGUGUGGAGGAUCGCCGUAUCUGAGGGAUACAAUGUUGGGCUCAGCUUCCAGGCCUUCGAGAUCGAGAGGCACGACAGCUGUGCUUAUGAUUACUUGGAGGUUCGCGAUGGCCCGCUGGAAACAAGCCCUCUGAUUGGUCGAUUCUGUGGCUAUGACAAACCAGAAGAUGUGCGCUCUACAUCACACAUUUUGCGGAUGAAGUUUGUCUCAGACGGAACAGUGAACAAGGCUGGCUUUGCUGCAAACUAUUUCAAAGAGGAAGAUGAGUGUGCCAAGCCAGACAACGGUGGAUGUGAGCAGAGGUGUGUAAACACUCUGGGCAGCUUUAAGUGUGCCUGCGACCCAGGUUAUGAACUGGCCCCAGAUAAAAAGAGCUGUGAAGCGGCUUGUGGCGGCCUCUUGUCCAAGUUGAAUGGAACUAUCAGCACUCCUGGCUGGCCCAAAGAAUAUCCACCAAACAAGAACUGUGUGUGGCAGGUAGUGGCUCCCAAUCAGUACCGCAUCUCCAUGCAGUUUGAGGCUUUUGAGCUAGAAGGAAAUGAGGUGUGUAAAUAUGACUAUGUAGAGGUGCGCAGCGGCCUCUCGUCUGACUCUAAGCUGCAUGGUAAAUACUGUGGCACUGAAGUCCCUGAGGUCAUCACCUCUCAAUACAACAACAUGAGGAUCGAGUUCAAGUCAGACAACACCGUUUCCAAGAAAGGCUUUAAAGCUCACUUUUUCUCAGACAAAGAUGAAUGCAGUAAGGACAACGGUGGCUGCCAGCACGAGUGCGUUAAUACAGUGGGCUCUUACGUUUGUCAGUGUCGUCAUGGCUUUGUGCUGCAUGAGAACAAGCACGACUGUAAGGAAGCUGAAUGUGAGCAUAAGAUCCACAGUCCCAGCGGGACCCUGAGCAGCCCCAACUGGCCUGACAAGUACCCCAGCCGUAAGGAGUGCACCUGGGACAUCACCGCCAUGCCGGGACACAGAGUGAAGAUCACUUUCAACGAGUUUGAGAUUGAGCAGCAUCAGGAAUGUGCCUAUGACCAUCUAGAGGCCUUUGAUGGGGACAGUGAUACAGCAGCCAUCUUGAGUCGACUGUGUGGCAGCAAGACCCCAGAGCCUCUGGUCUCCACAGGGAACAAGAUGUACCUUCGCUUCAUUUCUGAUGCUUCGGUGCAACGGAAAGGAUUCCAGGCCACACACACCACAGAAUGCGGAGGUCGUCUGAAAGCAGAAGUUCAUCAGAAAAACCUUUACUCACAUGCUCAGUUUGGAGAUAACAAUUACCCAGGUCACACUGACUGUGAGUGGCUGCUGACCACUGAACAGGGCUACGGCAUCGAGCUCACCUUUAUCAUUUUUGAGGUGGAGGAGGAGGCCGACUGUGGGUAUGACUACAUCGAGCUCUACAACGGAUAUGAUGCAAAUUCACACCGGCUGGGCCGUUUCUGUGGUUCUGGGCCCAGAGAGGGGAUAUAUUCACCUGGAGAUACCAUGCUGAUCCGUUUCCAUAGCGAUGACACCAUCAGCAAAAAGGGCUUCCACAUACGCUACACCAGCACCAAGUUCCAGGAGAGCCUCCAUGUCAGGAAAUGACUCUCGACUCUAACCUGUGACCUCUGAACAGCCUCGGCCACCGUUAUCCUGACCGUCACCAUGACAACGAGAAAAGUACAGAUUGUUCCCUCUUCUCUGACUGGCAGACAGACAAGGAUGCUGGGAAUGCUAAUAUUUGUCUCCAAAUGUGUCCGCGCUCUCUGAAAGAGACUAAAGACACCAAGACGUUCGGGGAAAUUUAUCUGCAUGCACCGUUUUCACAGAGGAGACCGUUUCAUGACUUCUGACGACAAGUUUCAGAGAGAAGGUCGGUGGAGAUCCAAAUCAGUUUGUUGAGAUACUCAAGCGCACACACAAACUAGAUUCAUACUGAGAAUUACAAACUAUAGAUGCUAAAAAAAACUGAAGAAGGCAUUAAAAGAGGAGCUCUUUGUGAGUCCUUGAUGUUUGAACUGUGCCACUUACUCAUAUCCAACAGCUGCUUACACUUAAGAGACUCAAGAGUAACUGCUGACAGAAGUUUUAAUGCCUUUGAUGUUUGGGAGCUGGCCUGUUCAGCCCAGCUCAAAUCGGCUGCAAAUAGUUUUAUUUCUAUGUAUUGUGAAAUCCAAUGUGUUUACUGUGUAUAUGAGGGUGUGUAUUGUGUUGUGUGUAUGUGUGCAUGUGUGUGUAUGUAAAAGAGAACAAGAUAGAAAAGUCCAUCCUUUAUUGUGCUACGUUUGCUCAAAGCGUGUGCUUAGGCAGUAAAAGAAAAGAACAAUUGAAGAUUUUCUAAGUGGUGUUUAUUUUAAGCCUUGCUUCAUACUCUGUUUUUGUUAUUAAUAAUUUUGCACUGUCAUGUUUCACUAAUGUCUCCAGUUUUAUCCUCACCACAGUGUUUUGUUUUAAGGUGUUUUUUCUGAAGGGAAUACCUCCGACAACUGUCUCUUGGAAGUGAGGGAUUGAAGGAGAGACUCCCAUGGUGCUAAUAUAAAACGGAAUGAAGGUUUUUAAAUGGAGAUACGGCAGACUGCAUCAGCAGCUCCAGAUCUGUGGAACUUAAUAUUGCCUUAGAACCAAAUCCAUGCUACCACAGGUCACUCCGCUGCUCUUGCAGCGGUGUCUUCUCCGGUCAGCGUUGUUCAAAGUGUUUGGCUGAGUAUUUUAUGUUUGAAGAUGUUGAACAGUGGUAUUGUAAAAGAGAAAAUACAUGGGAAGUAUCAUUUGUGUGUGUGUGUGUGUGUGUGUGUGUGUGUGUGUGUGUGUGUGUGUGUGUGUGUGUGUGUGUGUGUGUGUGUGUCUUUUACAUGUUUCUUUGAGAACCUCUUUGUGUGUUUUUCUGUGUUUUAAAACCCACAUCUGACCAUUUCCUCUUUGUGUACUCAGAGCAUGAAGAGGAGGAAACAAAAAAGUUGAAGGAAAAUCAGCUGAGCAUAAAGAAAUUGAGUGUGUGUGUCAGUAUGUGUUACGUGUUUAAACUGAGUAUUUUUUGUUGCUGUUUAUGUGCCAAGCUCCACGUGACCCUGAUCCACUUUAGAAUUAAUUUUUUUUAUCACUCAACCUUUGUGUCUGUAGAUCUGAGACUCAGACACCACGUCCUCUGCUUCACUCAUUAAAGUACAAACAGUUCAA